GGACACAGGGCGGGCCUACACCUACCCCUCCAAAUAAAACGGCCCGGGAGGAUGUCUGCCGUGCUGGAGCAGCGCGUCCCGAGCAGCCGCCAGUCCUCGUCCACACGCUGCGGUUGACAGAAACAUGGCAAAGUGCGGUAAUAAGAAGACCAUCAUCCUCGGGGUGGUCGGCCUGCUGCUGGUGGCGUUUGGGGUCGUGCUGGUAUUUAUGGUGCCCGUUAUUAUGAAGCAACAAGUGGAGAAGAAUGUCCGUAUAGACCCCAGUAGUGGCUUUGCUUAUGAAAUGUGGAGGGAUCUCCCAGUGCCUUUCUUUAUGUCGAUCUAUCUUUUUAACGUUGUGAACCCUAAAGAAGUUUUACUGGGAGAGAAGCCAAGACUUGAAGAACGUGGGCCUUAUGUUUAUAGAGAGCGCAAACAGAAGACAAAUAUAACAUUUCAUGAAAAUGGAACCGUAUCGUUUGUGGAACUGAGGACCCUUCACUUUGAUCGGGAAAAGUCUAUUGGCAGUGAAAAUGAUACUAUAUGUAUCCCAAAUAUUAUAGUUCUGAUUUCUUCAAUGAUGACGAAGGAUAGGUCAUCUUUUGUUAGAUUUAUCCUUAAUGCUGCAUUUAUAGGAUUCGAACAAGGGGCAUUUAUGAACCGUACAGUAAAUGAAAUAUUAUGGGGCUAUAGUGACCCAUUCCUGGAUUUUGUAGCUACGAUUGUUCCUAAUGCUUUACCCUUUAAAGGAAAGUUUGGAUUGUUUGCAGAUUUCAAUAAUUCAAACUCGGGUGUUUUUACAGUGGACACUGGGGUAAACGAUAUCAGCAAGGUCCAAAUGGUCGAAACGUGGAAUGGGCUCAAAGAGGUUACUUUCUGGAAUUCUGAGGAGGCCAAUAUGAUUAAUGGAACGGCUGGUCAGAUGUGGCCCCCAUUUCGGACACCAUCCCAGCCUUUAGAAUUUUACAGCCCAGAUGCUUGCAGAUCCUUGAGUUUGGUGUAUGAAAAAGAGGAAUCCUAUCGUGGUAUACCAACCUACCGAUACACUGCUCCAAGUUAUCUUUUUGCCAAUGGGUCAGACUAUCCUCCAAAUGAGGGGUUUUGCCCGUGUGUUGCAUCUGGAGUGAUGAACGUUAGUUCCUGUCGGUUAAAUGCCCCUCUCUUCUUGUCAUUUCCCCAUUUUUACAAUGCAGACCCUGUAUUUGUGAAUGCUGUGGACGGUUUACACCCUAGUGAAGAGGAGCACUCCCUAUUCUUGGACCUCCAUCCUCUUACAGGGAUCCCAAUGAAUUGUUCAAUAAAGAUGCAGCUCAGCUUGUUUACUAAUGCUGUCAGUGGUAUUACGGUACUUGGGGAGAUAAAGCCUGUCAUCUUACCGAUCCUGUGGUUUUCAGAGAGUGGAUAUCUUGAUGGUCCAGUCUAUAAUACCUAUUAUAACACCCUGGUCAUGCUUCCCACUGUACUAGACUACCUGCAGUAUGUAUUCAUUGCCCUGGGUCUCUGUUUUAUACUGGUUGCUUCAGUUCUUCCCUUUGUAAACCAGGAAAAAUGCUGCUUAUUUUGGACUAGUAGUAAAAAGUUUGAUGAGAAUAAUGAUCUCACCAAAGCCCAGAAAGAAAAGUUGACUGGUUCUAAUGGAAUUGUGCUACUGGAAGCCAAAUUAUAGAAAUGGGAGAACCUCUUGCAAGACACAGGUGAAACAACUGGAGCAGAUCAAUGUUCUUAUGAUACAAAGCUUCUUGAAGAUCCAGAAUAUGAUUCUCCUCAAACAUGAUAAAUCGCAAUACCCACUCUAAUGGGCCCACUCACAUGUCUGUCGUUAACAGAUAGAACUAUCACGGUUUUUGUUUUGUCUGGGUUAAGCAAUAUCUGGUACCCACCAACAGAGAAGCCAUACUAUCUCUGCUGCGAUCCAUCAAUUAGAGACUGAAAUCAGAUCUCAAUGAGGGGCUUCUACACAUUCCUUAGCAUAAUAUAGAGGUUAUAACUACACAGGUAUCUGGGGGGUACUCAUGACUUCAAAUCUACAGCUCUCCCAUCCUUGUUUUGGCCAAAGAACCAAUGUCCGACAGGGUCUUGGCAUCUGUAAGAGAUUCAGCUUAAAAAAUAUAUUUUCAGGAACAAAAAACUGUUUAAAGCACAUAAUGAAGGUACUACUUAAAAGGGCCUGGUAUAUGUAUAGUUCUGCAGCUAAUGUCAUGCAGAAAAUAUGCAGUUUCCGGUGCAGUAAUUUCAUAGAAAUGAAUGGAAUGCACAAGAAUCUGUGGUUUCUUCUGCUUAUUAAAUGUUUGCCAUGUGAUCAGGUCACUCAAAAGCAAAAUCUUGCUUUUCAUGGCUUAAAUUGUAGCAGCAUUAAUAUGCAUGGCUAAUGGUCACACCAAAGUGCCAGUGUAGUAGCUGUAUGCUAUAUUUAUGCUGAAACAGGACACAAUACUUACUGGGAAGAAAAAUCUUUAGAACAUUUCAUUUUGUUCAGUAUUAAGGCUACUCAUUGUUUUUGCAAUGUCCUUCUGAGAUAUACUUUUGGGAGGAUUUCCCUAUAAAUACAACCUGUGGAUGCCACUGAAUAGGCAUCCAGUGGCACCAAUCGGCUUAGUCUGCUGCACUGUUCCACAUACCGAAAGUUAUAAUGACAUAUUCCAGCUUGUUGGAGAACGAAGGACACUCUUGUUGUCUCCAUUGGGUUAACAGGGAAAGCUUCCAGCAUACAAUUCAAUUUUACACUGCAAAGGCAGUGUGAAAAUAGCCUUAGUGAGUCUUAGUAUUUACUCCUGUAUGUUAUUGCAGCCUUCAUUUUUAAGAAUUUAAUCUAUCCGUAUAGAAACCCCUCUAGACAUUAUGUAAUCACAUUACUGAUCUCCAAGUCGCAGCAUAAUGUUUAAAGCUCUGUGUUACACAGUUCAUCACCCUUUAAAAAUCCAAGUUGUGUUAUGUUUACUAAGUACUUUUCAGCAGGAUAAUCCUGCGCUUUUUCUCACAUUAGUUGUCUUCUGAGGUUACAUGGUUGAUACAGGUCCAGGAUGAUGAUGAUGAUUUUAAAUGCAAUCCAUGUUUGUCACAGCUCUGCUCCUCUACUAAAGUUUUGCACUGAACGUCUCAAGCAAUAAUUUAAGCCACAGACAUCUCAGGGUAAUGUUUGUCACAACAUAAGGGUGCUUUCACACCUCUGCAUUGAUGUAUAAGAAAGUGUCUUUCUUGUCUCUGAAAGGAUACUUGUUUUUGGUGGGAAAUAUGAAAUUCUCAUGCUGACUGCUAAUACAGAAGUGUGAAUGCAGCCUAACUAACCAGCAUGCCAUAAUUUUACUGUGUCCAUAACACUGUACAAGGGUGAUAAUCCCAAGAUCUAACGUGGUCUCGGGGAUUGACUUGGGUUCUUUGGUCACUCUUGAGAAUUAUUAUAAUAUUACAGUAGUCUCUUUGGAACAAUUAUCAACCUAGGUGUUUUUGCACAGAAGUGUUACAAUACACCCCAAAAAAUUAUUUUUUUUUUUAAUUAAAUGGAAUCCUGGUGCCUUAUUUUUAUAUCAUUGUGAAAAGUAAUUUAUAAAAUAGCUUAAAUGUAAAUUAUAUUGAUGUAAUUCAUACAUUUGUAUAUGUGACUGAAUAUGAAAUGUGUACAAAUCUAUUUUAUAGCAUAACAUGUAUCCACUUUUAUAUAGGAGAUUUAUCUUUACAAUUACUGGGCUUUCUUCACUAACACUAAAUGUAUUGUAUACUGACAUUUGGUUCCUGUAUUAAGAUGACAGGUGCAGGUUUUAAGAGCAAUACAUUGAGCAUCACCUCUGAAAAGGUGUAUUUUAAGUAAUUCACACCAACCCCAAACUGUAGCUCACUAAGUCAAGUGUGGAUUACAGGGGGGGAAAAAAAUCCUCUUGAUUGACAGAUCCGGUUGGGAAAUAUUCCAUACCUGUGGAUUGGGUUAUUUUAAAAUUCCAUACUUUAUGUAACAGAAAAACAAGCAGCAUGUUGAUAAAAAUCACAGAUUUUAACUGUGGAUUUCACUUCUUAUAUUUGCAAUGCUACCAUACAUUUUACCCCUAUAAAUUUGUGUGGAACGCAUAGACUUUUCCCAAAAUCUGCAGCAAGGACUGGAUCCUGAUGAUAGAAAAUGUAUACUUGUUCUACACUUGAAUGGAGGAAAAAAAUAAUAAAUAAAUAUUACAUCUGCACUGUGUGAACCUGACCUAAUCCAGAGAAACAGCCCUUUAAAACCUGCACCAACUCUCUCUACUGCUAAGUUAUUCAGUACCAUGUCAAACCUUGUUGAAAGCUGCUGUGUCUUAACCUUGUUUAACUCUUCUCCAGGAGGUGCUGUUUUCCUUACUGCAGUCCUAUAGUGUAACUAACUUUUUUUAUUUUAUUAUUAUUUCUGGAUUCACAUCACAGUGUAAAUUGCCGUUAAAGAAUUGGAAAAAAAAAUAUAUAAAGUCCUAACUUUGUUACA